UCCUCCCAAAAUGGAAUAGCAGUGAGAGGUAAAUGAAUGAUUAAACGUGAUUAAUAACAGUGUAAUGGAAGAUUCAAAGUAGGGAAAAGUACUCACUUUAGCCUAAACUCAGAGAUUUAUUGCUGAAUACUACAAAUAAUGGAAUCAUCAAUCUUUCGAGGACUAAAAAAAGGCAUCUGCUGCAGCCAUUUUAAAAUGCAGUGAAAAAAAAUCUUGCCUCUUCAUCAUUGUCAUUUGUGGUCCAGUUAUUCUGUGUAUAAAUUACAUGCUGCAUAAAGAAACAGGAGACCUGCAAAGAAAAAGAAAUAGAAGCCGUUAAGCUACCUUGUUCAGAGAGAACAUUAAAUCAGCACAACAUGGCACAGCAUAGUAUUGUCCUUGGAUUAUUCAUGAUGACUGUUUUAUCACUGUUGGAUGGAAGUUCAACUUUCCUGUUAAAUCAGCGUCUGAAGGGAAGAUUUCAAAGAGACCGUAGAAACAUCCGCCCAAACAUCAUCCUUGUUCUUACUGAUGAUCAGGAUGUAGAACUUGGUUCUAUGCAAGUGAUGAAUAAAACAAGACGUAUCAUGGAACACGGAGGUGCUCAUUUCAUCAAUGCCUUUGUGACAACGCCCAUGUGCUGCCCAUCUCGCUCCUCUAUCCUGACGGGGAAGUACGUCCACAACCACAACACUUACACCAAUAAUGAGAACUGUUCUUCUCCAUCCUGGCAGGCUCAGCAUGAAAUACGCACCUUUGCGGUGUACCUCAACAAUACAGGGUACAGGACAGCUUUCUUUGGAAAGUACCUUAAUGAAUACAAUGGCUCCUACGUGCCUCCUGGUUGGAAAGAAUGGGUUGGAUUACUUAAAAAUUCUCGAUUUUACAACUACACACUCUGUAGAAAUGGAGUGAAGGAGAAGCAUGGAUAUGACUACUCCAGGGAUUAUCUGACUGAUCUGAUUACAAAUGACAGUAUUACCUUCUUUAGAAUAUCAAAGAAGAUGUAUCCUCACAGGCCUGUAUUGAUGGUUAUAAGCCAUGCUGCUCCUCAUGGUCCUGAAGAUUCAGCCCCUCAGUACUCACAACUCUUUCCUAAUGCCUCAGAACACAUUACUCCUAGUUAUAAUUAUGCUCCAAACCCAGACAAGCACUGGAUAAUGAGGUACACUGGUCCCAUGAAACCCAUACACAUGGAGUUCACUAACAUGCUCCAGAGAAAGCGCCUUCAAACGCUCAUGUCUGUGGAUGACUCUAUGGAGAUGAUUUACAAUAUGUUGACUGAAACAGGAGAACUGGAAAAUACAUAUCUAAUAUACACAGCAGACCAUGGUUAUCAUAUUGGACAGUUUGGGCUGGUGAAGGGGAAGUCCAUGCCAUAUGAGUUCGAUAUCAGAGUCCCUUUCUAUGUCCGAGGACCAAAUGUGGAGGCUGGUUCCUUGAAUCCUCACAUUGUGUUGAAUAUUGAUCUUGCACCUACAAUUCUAGAUAUUGCUGGAUUGGAUAUUCCAUCUGAUAUGGAUGGUAAAUCCAUUCUAAAGCUGCUGGAUUCUGAGAGACCAGUAAAUAGGUUUCAUUUAAAGAAAAAGAUGAAGGUAUGGAGAGACUCGUUCCUUGUGGAAAGAGGUAAACUGCUGCAUAAAAGGGAGAAUGAGAAGGUAGAUGCACAAGAAGAAAAUUUUCUCCCCAAAUACCAGCGUGUGAAAGACCUCUGUCAGCGAGCUGAGUAUCAAACAGCUUGUGAACAGCUUGGCCAGAAAUGGCAGUGUGUGGAAGAUGCCAGUGGAAAACUCAAGCUGCACAAGUGCAAGGGAAUGGCAGACUUGGCAGCUACAAGCAAAGGCAAAGGCACCUCCAAUAUUUUGCCCAAGUAUUACAACAGGAAUAGUGAAGACUGCAAUUGUGAAGAGAAUGAAUACAAGCUGAGCCACAUCAGACAGCGAAAGAAAUUCUUCUCCAAGAAAAAAUUCAAACCAAGCUAUGUCCGGAAUCGCUCUAUCCGUUCUGUAUCUGUUGAGCUGGAUGGAGCUGCCUAUCACCUGGUUUUAGAGGAUGGAUACCAACCCAUCUUACCAAGGAACAUCACCAAGCGGCACAAGGUGCAGAGGGCUGUUUUCCAUGAGGAGGAAGAUAGAGACAUGGGGGAAUAUAGUGGUACUGGUAGCAUUGCAGAGUACACAGCCCCUAAUCUGAUCAAAGUGACUCACAGGUGCUAUAUCCUGGAGAACGAUACCGUUCAGUGUGACACAGAUCUGUACAGGUCACUGCAAGCUUGGAAGGACCAUAAACUUCAUAUUGACCAUGAGAUUGAAACUUUGCAAAAUAAAAUAAAAAACCUGAGGGAGGUGAGAGGUCAUCUAAAGAAGAAGCGACCUGAAGAGUGUGAUUGUAACAAGCUAAGUUACCAUUCAAAACACAAGAGCAAACUGAGACACAAAGGAUCCAGUCUUCAUCCUUUCAAGAAAGGCCUACAGGAGAAAGACAGGCUGUGGCUGCUGCGAGAGCAGAGACGGAAGAAGAAACUGCGCAAAUUGCUUAAGAGAAUUAAAAAUAAUGACACAUGCAGCAUGCCUGGUCUGACCUGCUUCACCCAUGACAACCAGCACUGGCAAACUGCUCCCCUGUGGACACUGGGCCCUUUCUGUGCCUGUACCAGUGCCAACAACAACACAUACUGGUGUUUGAGGACAAUCAACGAGACCCACAACUUCCUGUUCUGUGAAUUUGCUACUGGAUUUUUGGAGUAUUUUGAUCUCAAUACCGAUCCAUAUCAGCUAAUUAAUGCAGUCAAUACACUUGACAGAGAUGUUCUUAAUCAACUGCAUGUCCAGCUCAUGGAACUCAGAAGUUGCAGAGGGUAUAAGCAAUGCAAUCCAAGAACCAGGAACAUGGACCUUGGACUUAAAGAUGGAAGCUAUGAGCAGUACAGGCAGUUUCAGCGUCGAAAAUGGCCAGAUGUGAAGAGACCAUCAGCUGCCAAGUCACUAGGACAACUGUGGGAAGGCUGGGAGGGCUAAUCUCCCCCAGCUGCUGCACCUGCAUGAGGAUACAAACGGGGCAGGACUUGACUCCAUGUAUAGACUAAAUGAAUUAUAACGUUCAUCUGAAGGACUGGAUAAACUUUGAGGCUGAAAUAGAUAGAACGUUUGCACUGGUGAGUGAGUUGAAUAAAAGCAGUGAAAUGAUGGGAAAUGCUGUCAGAAAUACAGGUCUCUGAAAUCCACUGUUGUACCUGCUUUUUUGCUUUGGAUUAUACCUCACCUACUUCACAAGGCAUUUUACUUCAAGAAGACACAACUAACGCUGAUUCAGGAAUUGACAGAGGAGGAAACUCAGCCACAUCCCAAAGAGGACUGCCCCUGCAGUGGCAGUGUUUACACAGACAGUUGAUGGGACCUUACAACAAUUUCCAGUUCACUUGUGUCUUUAGUUGUCGUGAGAAAAACUUCAAAACCAAGUACAACUCUAAAACAAGAUUUAGAUAACAAAGGUGCUUUUGUUUAAUGCUGGGGUAAUGUUCAUCAAAAAGAUUCAGGAACUGAAGUCAGCAGCACCAAGUCUUCUCAACAACAUGGAAUUUCUUCAAUUUCCUCUGAGGAUACAUUUUAGUUCCACUUCUACUUUUUCAUUGUAUUGUCACCUCUAUGAAGAUUAGAGAAAAUCUUGAUUCCCAGGAUGCCAGAUUUUUGGAGGGAUUGUAAAUAUUGAUCAGUGUACUGUUUGAAAAUAAAUUCCUUCAGGUUGUGAAGAAAUUUAUUAAUAAAAAAGAGUGUAAUGCCCACACCCCAUUUCUCAAAAUGCUAAGUCAGAAUUUAUUAAUUUUUAAAGGUUCUGAAAAAUGUCAGUAAAUGUACAUCUUAAAUUUUAACAAAAUCAGAUUUGUAUGAAGGUUUUUUAUGUGGUAAUAUUAUACUGUACAUUCAAAACCAGACCAGUUCCUUUGAGAAAGUAGCAUUUGCUUAGCAGUGUAACUUUUACGUUUAUUUUAAAAAAAGGCAGCUCUGAGAGAUCAGUACUUGUAAUCAAUAAUCUAGUUAUACUUUAGUCUGCAGAAGAGUAGAUGUUGUGAAUGACAGUUACUGUUCAAAGGUUUUUACAGGGAAAAAACCCUAUAAUUUUACUAAGAAAGCACAGUGUACAGAAUUAUUUCAGUAGUUUCAUAAGAACAUUAUUACAUAUGUUGUAGUACUGGCACUAACGGUUAAGAUUUGUAUUUAUCAUUUGUUUCAUGUUACUUUGCUAUCUGUGUUUAAGGGCAAAUGCCUGAGGGCGCUUAUGGGACAGACUCAACCAACUGUGGCCUUCACUCCUAACAAAGAGGUAUUUUUCAAAAUGCAAACUUAACUUGCCCGUGUAGAAAUGCAGUGCAAAAAUACAGCAUGGAAGUUAUUUUGAAACCCUUCCUGGUUUUGCAGUUUGGAAAAUCAAGUGGAAUUAUAUCCAGACAUGUAGAUCCCUGGUAUCACAACCCCAUACUUAAAAAAUGUACUUGUAUUUUGGAAUGAGAAAAAAAACCCUGCUCAAAAAGCAGAAGUAGAGUCUUUAUAUAUGCUAAGUAAGACUGGGCUUGAGUAUUUGUAUGACAUGUGGUAAGUCAAAUUCACUACCCAAAGCUUUCUUGCAAGCUUUUUUAAAUCAUGCACAAAAUCUGAAUGUCUGUCUUCGUCUACCCAUGUAUUUUCAUUAAACUUGUUAAAAAUUUCAUGGAUUAUCAAAAAAAAAUCUACUUAGAUGAUGAGAUCCUGGAUCCACACAAGUAAGUUAAAAAAACCCUUAAGUUCCCCAAAACCCCCACAUUUUUUGUGCUUUCCAGAGAAAAGUUUUAGCUAUCUGCGAUUCCCAGUAGGCAUGUAGAAAGAAUAUGAGGUUAGAUUUUUCAAAAAUUUGCACACCCUUGUGUAUUUAGCUCAUAGUCUCCGGCAAGAUGAGGUUGUGACUGUUAAAAUCCUGCAGGGCCAGUGUUACUGCACCUGUUACUUGUCAGGCAGAAGGUUGAAAAAUUAUCUUGUCCCUUUAUAGAAAAUAGUGAGCUGUGAGACCUGUAUGUGACACAAGGAGCAGCUGGUAUUAGAUGAAAGGUACAUUGUUGCCAAGUUUGGGGAAAGAUAACACCUCCUUUCAGCUCUUCUAGAGUUUGCUAUUUAAGUUGAAAAAGACAUAAAUUCUAGUCGGUGUCUGUGCUAAAUGUGUGUCUUGUAAGUGAAAGGUCUCAGUUGUUCCUCCCUCAGCUUUUAUGGCCAACUAGGAUAUAAUAUAAAUCAUUCUUUAUACACAGUUUUCAUCCAUGAUAGCAGGGAAUUUUCUCUGACCUGUACUGGAUAAUCACCCUUAAAAGUAUUAGCUCAUACAGUAUCACCAAGUUGUGAUUAUAAAUAGAAACUUUUAUUUACAUUAUUAUUAACAUCCAAACACAAGACCCAGAAGGGCAGUAACACCUUACAACCAAUCCUUUUAUAAAUCAGUCCCCAUGAUUUCUCUGUUUUGCAAAAUAAAGAUACAGAUAUUUCAAGCAAUACUUGUAAUGUAAACUAAGCUUAGAUGCAAUUCUCAAUACCGUAUGCCUUUUCCUGAGAAUUUCUUAAAAUAUUGCUCUCAGAUUUACAUAGUUUCACACUUGCUGUAUCAUUCUGUCAUCUGGUGGUCUGCACAUAAAUUCUAUAAUAAAAGGUGUGCUAACUGGUGCAACAUUCAAGUAAGUUUUGUCUUGUGACAGAAAUGUGGUCUGAAUUUCUCACUUUAGAAGCACUAUUUUAGGCCAAGGAAAAAAGUGCACUACAUGGAAGUUUAAUAAACACAUGUGAUCAAAAAAGUAAGAGAGACAAAGCAAAACAAUGCUUGUUUAUGCCGCAGUGAUCAGAGCUUGCUGUACUAGCUAAUUUAUCUCUUACUGCUGAGUAAUGUUAUGUGGGUUUUAUUUUAAGAAACAUUCACAAAAAUCUACUGCUAUAGGGCCAAAGCAAAAUUGAUGGUGGUAACUAAAUGUCAGCAGAUUUCAAACUAGAUGUACUAUUUAGUGCUGCCACAAAAUAUGGCGUCAAUGGAUUUUAAAAAUACCCCCUGCCCCUUCAUCAAGUUCAAACUAAACAUCUUUUAA